AGAACUAGUAGCGAACAGUGGUGCAGGCCAGGCAGACAUAUAAAUGAUAGCAGUAUAGUGUAAAGUAUAGAACAAUUAUUCUACGGAAGUGUGACAAAAUUAUAUAUAUAUAUAUAUAAUAUAUAUAUAUGUAUAUAUCUAUACAUGCAGUUGUGACAAUAAUUUUGCCAACAUAGAAUAAAGAGCAAUCCAUUACAUAAAAAAAGAAAGGAAUUUAACAAAAUGACAGUUGAUUUGUCGACUGUGCCACUUGUGGGAAUCUCUGUUGUGAGCAAACAAAUUAUAGCAGCUAUGUUAAAUCCCACAAAAGUUUUACCAAGUGAUAACGGCUUGCCAAGAGAUUGGCGAGGUCUCGCACAUUUAUUGGAGCUCAAUGGGGAGAUAAUGUCUCUGCUUGUAUCACAUUCUGAUCCGACAACAUAUAUGCUAACAAUGUUGGAGAAAAAUAAAAAGAAUAUUACCAUAAAAAAUUUUCAAACAAUGAUGGAAGAAAUGGACAGAUGGGAUAUUAUUGAUGAUACUGAAGCAAUAUUUUAUAUUGAUGCUGCAAAAUAUUUGGAACAACAGCAAAGAGCUCAAGUAUCAGCAGAUUUAGUAGACAAAAGUGUCGAUCAAGAAAUACUCACAUUAGGUGAUGUUUAUAGGUUAAAUCAAGGUUUACAAACACAAUUUUAUGAUGCAUUCCUUUUAUAUGCAGAUGAAGAUAUUAGUUUUGUGAAUGAGAUGAUACAAAAACUGGAGACAGAAUAUAAGCUAAAGCUUUGUUUAAAAGAUCGUGAUCUAGUUGGUGGUGUAGCAUUUGAGCAUGAAGCAGUGAUGAAGUUAAUAUCAGAACGAUGUAAUAGAUUACUUAUUAUAAUAUCGUCUAGCUUUCUAAAAAGCUCAGCAAACAAAUUUUUCUUAAAUUAUGCUCAAGCUUUAAGUAUUGAAAAGCGGCAGAGAAAGAUCAUACCAUGUAUAUAUGAAAGUUGCGAAUUGCCAUUUCAAUUGAAAUAUAUAUCUACUCUAGAUUAUAAUCGUAGAGGAUUAUAUGACUUUUGGGGCAAAUUACAUGAUUCUAUAAAAGCUACAAAUUCUAUCAAUACAAAUAAAACACAAAUAAAAAACAAUAUAGCAAAUGAGAUUACAAAAGCAAGGAAUAUUUUAUCCGAGCAUAGUGAUAUACCUCAAAAUGAUCAAAAGACAAAUGAAGGAACAUCUACAAAAUAUCUACAAGAAAAGAAUGAAAAAUAUGCUGUUACAAAAAUAAAUGAUGUAAAAGCUUUAAAUGUUGGCAGUAAAAAGAAUAAGACAUUGUUAUGGGAAAAAAUUACAGCAAAUUGGAAAACAAAACAAACUAAGCAAAGAGGUCAAUUAAUUACAGAGACAACAAUUCAAAAUCUACCAUCAGUAAGUGAUUUAGACAGCUUAGAUUUAUCAACUGAUAUAUAUGAGAGUAAGAAAAAAAAUUUAUUUAGCAAGUUUACAAAGAAGAAGAUCGGUAUAAAAACUUGACAAAAAAUCUUUAUUAUCAAAAAAUUGCAUAUAAAAUUCUAUUUUAUAUAUUUUUCUCCAUAAAAGAAAAGAUAAAAUAUUUAGAUAUUUACAAUAAAAAUUCAAAAACAUUUAUGUUAAGUUUAACAUGCCAAUUGUUUAUUUUGCUAAAAAUUGAAAAGCUUUAAAUAAUAAUUAAAGUAUAGUAAAUUUAAUUAAUUAUUGAUAAAUGAUAUGAAUGCAUUGUAUGCUUAUCUUUUACAAUCAUACUUAUUAUUGACUUAAUAUAUUUUAUAUUGUAAAACCUGUGAAAAUAUAUAUUUGAAAUUAUAAUUUUCUUGUGAUAAUAAGAAAAAUAUACAGAAAAAAUUUUUAUAUAAAUAUUUAGAACAUCUAUAUAAUAUAUGUAUUAUAUGUAAAUGAAAAAAAUGAGAUUAAUAUAUACGUAUUAAUGUAUA